GGCCAAGGCGCGGGGAGUGCCGGGAAGGCUGUGUUGUCCUCCUGUACUCCCGGAGUUUCCAGCCCGUGCGAGUCGGAGGUGCAUGUUGCAGAAAUGGCGGGCAGUGCCGGGGAAUGGUGCCUGAUGGAAAGUGAUCCCGGAGUUUUCACAGAGCUAAUCAAGGGCUUCGGGUGCAAAGGUGUUCAGGUAGAAGAAAUAUGGAGCCUAGAACCAGAACACUUUGACAAGUUAAAACCAGUCCAUGGCCUCAUCUUCUUAUUCAAGUGGCAGCCAGGAGAAGAACCAGCAGGAUCCAUUGUCCAAGAUUCAAGACUUGAGAAGAUCUUCUUUGCUAAACAAGUUAUCAAUAAUGCCUGUGCCACACAAGCCAUUAUUAGUGUGUUGCUGAAUUGUAUCCAUCCAGAUAUAGAACUAGGAGAAACUCUUGGAGAAUUUAAAGAAUUUUCACAAAGCUUUGAUGCUGCUAUGAAAGGCUUGGCACUGAGCAACUCAGAAGUCAUUCGACAAGUUCACAAUGGCUUUGCCAGGCAGCAGAUGUUUGAGUUUGAUGCUAAGACUGCAGGAAAGGAAGAAGAUGCAUUCCAUUUUGUCAGUUACUUUCCCGUCCAUGGAAGAUUAUAUGAAUUAGAUGGAUUAAGAGAAGGACCGAUUGACUUGGGGCCGUGCAGUCAAGAUGACUGGGUCAGCGCAGUGCGACCAGUCAUAGAGAAGCGAAUACAAAAGGUACGAUGAUAAUGCAAAAAGUAGCUUCAGCAUCCUGGACUAGUGACAAGAAAAGUAGCUACGAUUCUCCCCCCUUGCAUACCAACCACUUUCUAGGCAGGAAAAUUGUAUGUGUGGACAUUGGCAUAAAUGAGAUCUGACCUGGCAUUGCUGCCUUUUGUGGUUAUACUAACCUGAUACUACUCCAACGUAUGAAGAAGGAUCGCUUGAAAGAAAAACAGAAGGUGUCCCUUUCAACAUAAGGGGGAAGAAAAUUCAAAGCAAAGUUAACUUCAUUA